GACCAUGUUGACUAAAAACCAGGCCCGAUCCGGGUCAAGGAGCCGGUGUUUGCCCUCAGCCCAUUUGUGGGUGCAGCAGCCCAUCUUGCUCACGCCAGCCAAUCUCGUCCUCCAUCGACCGCCGCCGCAUCCUUUCGCCAUGGCGUGUACCGCGUGCUGCUUCUGCUUCUCCGGCGACCCCCUCGGGGAGGACGACUUCCAGGGCAAGCGCGGCGGCCAGUACGGCAAGUUCGCGAACCACCGGGAAAAGUUCCAGAUUUCCAUGGGCGACGCGCCCAUCAAGAACUGCUUCCCCUGCUGCCUCGCCGCGUUGCCCUGCACGUUCGUCUGCGCGGCGCCCGCGUGCUGCUGCUUCCACCCCGGCGCGUGCUGCGAGAAGGACAUCCCGCGGACGUGCAUGUGCAUCGAGGCCUGCUGCUGCGCGGGCCUCGCCGUCUCCUCGACGCGCUUCGUCAUGAUGGAGCAGUACCACUUCAUGGCGGACGAGUGCGACAACCGGCUGAUCCGCUUCAACAACUGCAUCCAGGUCCUGUCCUGCAUCUGCCACGUGCUGGCCAUCUUCAAGCCCCAGUUCCGGGACCUCGCGCAGAUCAUCGACCUCAUCGCCGACAUCGUCUUCUUCUCGACGGCCGGGUGCAUGACCGCGCAGGUCGACUACGAGAUCAACUACAGGGAGUCGCUCGGCGAGUCCCAGGGCCUCCCGGGCGGGCCCGUGGGCAGCCCCAUCAACGCCAUGCCCCAGGCCACCACGUCCAUGGGGGACGCCUGCUGCAAGGCGCCGGGCUGCUGCCUCCUCGGCGGCUGCCCGCUGUCGUUCCUCUGCACGCAGGUCCACAUGCGCUACAAGGUGCUCAACCACGUCGCGCCCGGCAGCGGCUGGGACCACUACGUCUGCUGCCAGGGCUACACGGGCAGCUGCUGCUGCUUCCACCCCGGCGCGUGCUGCGAGAAAGAGAUGCCGCGGACCUGCAUGUUCGUGGAAGCGUGCUGCUGCGCGGGUCUGGCGGUCUCCUCGACGCGCUUCGUGCUCAUGGACCAGUACAAGCUCGUGCCCGACGAGUGCGACAACCGGCUGAUCCGCUUCAACAACUGCAUGCAGGUCCUGUCGUGCAUCUGCCACUUCGCGGCGAUCUUCGACCGCAACCUGCGGGACCUCGCGCAGAUCAUCGACCUCAUCGCCGACAUCGUCUUCUUCUCGACGGCCGGGUGCAUGACCGCGCAGGUCGACUACGAGAUCAACUACAGGGAGUCGCUCGGGUCCGCGGGGGCACUCCCGGGCGCGCCGCCGGUCGCCGUCGCGUCGCCCAUCGCGGCGGAGCCGUACCAGGUCGGCGCGCCGGCGGAGCCGGAGACCAUGGACCGGUGAGCGAAGGGACGUGGGGGCUGUUCAUAAGUGAUGACGACUCCC